GACGGAUCCCCCCUAUCAGCCCAUCAACAUCAGAUCACACACCCUGGGAGAUGUGAGCUGCCAUGUCAUGAUCAGCCCUAGAGAGAGUCCCCGUGGCAAGGAACUGCGGCCUCCAGCCAGGUUUCAGCUUAAGUGCCACUUCUUCCAGGAAUAUCUACCUAGUCUGGGGUCCACAGGCCAUCUCUGCGAAGGCGAAAUCCCCGAGGAAUCCCCGAGGCACCACCUCCCUUUGUCCUCUUUUCCCAAACACCUUAUCUCGCUGCCCUCAGCAGCCCUCUCCCAGUCUCACACCCCUCUGCCCUUUCAGCAGGGGCAGCAGGAUUUAACCUCUACUCCCAGACGGGGAGUAAGGCCAGAAGACAAGAUGCGAAACUUUGGGCCCAUGAUCAGUCAAGAGGAGAGAGGCAUUUGCACAGCAGGUUCUCCUUCUCAUUUGCCCAUUGCUCAAGUUAGAGCUGUCUACAAUGACCACCCAGAAAUCUGUGAGUUCUUCCCUUAUGGGUGCUCUGGCUGCCAGCUGCCUUCUUCUCAUUGCCCUGUUGGUGCAGGGAGGAGCCGCCGUGCCCAUCAGUUCCCACUGCAGGCUUGCCAAGUCCAACUUCCACGAGCCUUAUAUCACCAACCGGACCUUCAUGCUGGCUAAGGAGGCCAGUAUGGCAGACAACAACACUGAUGUCCGUCUCAUUGGGGAGAAACUUUACCACGGUGUCAAUAUGAGAGAGCGCUGCUAUCUGAUGAAGCAGGUGCUGAACUUCACUGUUGAAGAUGUGCUGCUCCCCCAGUCUGAUAAAUUCCAGCCCUAUAUGCAGGAGGUGGUAUCCUUCUUGACCAGGCUCAGCAACAAGCUAAGCCAAUGUCAUAUUCAGGGUGAUGACCAACAUAUCCAGAGAAAUGUGCAAAAGCUGAAGGACACAGUGAAAAAGCUUGGAGAGUCUGGAGAGAUCAAAGUAAUUGGAGAACUGGAUUUGCUGUUCAUGGCCCUGGGAAAUGCCUGCAUUUAACCAGAGCAAAGCUGGAAGAUGAAUGACUAACCCUUCUUGCCUGUUAGAAAUACCAAUAAGAUCCCCUAAAGUUUUCUUUUAUUAAAAGGAAAAUAUGAAUCUAAAUUCCAUCAUCAUGGAACCCCCUGCUUAGCUUAAAAAGGAAAACAACAUAAAUUGUGUUUAUAUGAUCGGAAGGUGGACCUCCAAGCAUAAAGAGACUUAUUGAUAACAUUUUAUUUUAGCUGGUGUUUUACACCCGAUAGUAAUUUGUUUUAAAGCAAUUGUCUAUCCCCACACACAAAAAAAUUGCUUCCCAUUCCUUUAGAGGAAGAAAACUCGCAAAUAACUUCAUGCUUAUAUAAUCAAUAUCUUGUAUUUAUUAUUUAUUUAAUGUUAUAAAUAUACAUUUUAUUUAUGCAAUUUUAUUAUAAUGGAUUAUUUAUAGAAACAUUAUA